AUGGAAGAAACUAAUGAAAAUUUCUCAAUUGAAAAUAUUUCUGAAGAAGUGUGGGUUCACAUUUUCAGCUUUUUAGAAGUCAAAUCACUAGAAGAAGUUUCAAAAGUUUGCAGCAGAUUCUACAGUUUAAUUCUACAAAAUAAAAAGUUGCAGUCAAAGUUGUCACUUGAAAUUAAUCGUUUCAAUGUCGAAGAGGUGAUUAAAAAAAUGGAACGACUGCCAUACAAAAGCAUCAACAUCAACACAGGACGUUUUCGCGUGAGACAAGAUACCAUGACAAUACCAGAAUUCAGUAUCGUUAUUGAAAAUAUUUUUAAACAACAGAAUCAUGACAUUGAGAAGCUUGAAGUAACGAAUGUGCGUGGAAAUUUUAAUAUUGAACAUUUUCGGUUUUUUCAAAAUCUUUCAAAACUUAUACUUAUUGAUGUUAAAAUAGACUUAUCAGGUUUGUAUCUAAAUAAUGAUGUGAUCAACAUACCAAAUCUUAAAUUCUUAAAAAUAUAUCGCUGUAGUGAUGUUGUGACAAGUUUAUUUAGAGCUGAAAAUUUAAAAAUAUUUAUGUAUCAAGGUUAUGAAAAUUAUGAAUUUCUUAAAUUUUCAACAAAAUUAGAAAGUUUAACAAUUGUUGAUUUUAGAUUGAAUAAUUUAAAAAAAAUUAUUCAAUUGGAACUUAAACUUAAAUAUUUAUCGCUAUUUAUUAUACCUGAAGACGAAUACAUUGAUUCGGUCCAAUUUGACUUUAAACAUUUUUUGAUUACUCAACAAGACAGUUUACAGCAAUUGUCAAUUGAAAUUAACAAAAUGGGAGUCGAGUUUGUUGAGUUAUGCUUAACAGAAUUACAAAAAUUGACAAAAUUUUCAUUUAAAACCAUUAAAUCGACUUUUUUAAAUUUUCCAAUUGUUUGUGUCAAUAAUUCUAUUAAAGAUUUUGAAAUUGAUGGUAAAAUUAACCUUGACUCAUGCAAUCUUAUCUCCUGGUGUCCAUCAGCAACACUUUUAACACUUUAUAUGUCGGAAUCAUCAAGUUUUAAUAUUCUUGAGCACAUUUCAAAAACAAUGUUAAAUUUAAGAACCUUGAAAAUUCAAACAAAAUCAGCAAAUUAUGAAUAUUUUAAUCAAAAAUUAAAAUUUGAAAAUUUGGAAAUUUUAAAAAUCUCAAAUAUUCAAGAUAAUUGUCGAGAAAUUUGGCACAAAGUUGCUAUUUCAUGUCCAAAUCUUAAGGAAUUGACACUAAUGAAUCACAAAAUCAUAAUUGAUUCUAAAAUUAUAGAAAUGGUUUUAAGAAAAUGUCAAAAUUUGCAAGUAAUGAACUUUUAUGCAAAGUAUAUUCAUGUUUCUCGGUAUUUUUUUAAGGCUUUUGUUGAUUUCCCUGCAAAUUUGAACUUAAUGAAGUUUUCAUAUGAAGAUUGUGAACAUUAUUUUCAUGAAGGUGUUGAGUAUUUAAGGAAGGAAACAAAUAUUAAUAUUGAUGCCAAAAGAUUUUAUUUUCAUAAAUGCAAAUCCGAUUUUUAG